UGAGUUUCAUCCACUGAGACUUUCUGGAGUCGAAAUGAGCACAUAACCAGCAUCAGCGCGCACAGAGAGUCAUUUGGGAACUGCGCGCGGAGAGUGUGUGAGAGUGUAAACGCCUACGAGUUUCAUGCAGUGUUUGUGGGACAAAGUGGACUUUAUGGACCUAAAGGAAGGGAUGAACCGGUCUGGUGUGAGCGACCCGAACGCGGGAUGGUGUGAGAACGGCACGGAGGAGGUGGCGACACCGGGGAAGCUGGCGCUCGGCAUCGAGGCGGACAACGUGGUCGCCCUGCUCGCUUUCGCGCUCAUCUUCGCUCUGGGUGUCCUGGGCAACUCGGUGGUGAUCGCGGUGCUGGCGCGCAGACGUCCCGGAGCGCCGCGCGGCACCACCAACAUCUUCAUCCUGAACCUGAGCGUGGCCGACCUGUCCUACCUGCUCUUCUGCGUGCCCUUCCAGGCCACCGUGUACGUGCUGCCCACCUGGGUUCUAGGCGCGUUCCUCUGUAAGUUUACGCACUACUUCUUCACCGUCUCCAUGCUCGUGAGCAUAUUCACGCUCUCCGCCAUGUCCGUGGAUCGCUACGUUGCCAUCGUGCACUCUCGCAGGUGCUCCGGGGUGCGCGUGGCUCGACACGCCGUGCGCGCCAUCGCCGUGAUCUGGGCGCUGUCGCUGGCCAUGGCGGCCCCCGUGGCGCAUUACCAGAACAUCAUCAAGCCCAAGGAGAACGACACGUACUGCUGGGAGCUGUGGCCGAGCGCGCGGGACAGGAAGAUCUACGUGGUGUGCACGUUCGUGUUCGGCUACGUUCUGCCGCUGCUGCUCAUCUCCUUCUGCUACGCCAGCGUUUUAAACCACUUACACAAAAAGCUGAAGAACAUGUCCAAAAAAUCAGAGGCAUCUAAGAGGAAGACGGCACAGACAGUGUUGGUGGUUGUGGUGGUGUUCUGCCUCUCCUGGCUUCCUCAUCACAUCGUCCAUUUGUGGGUGGAGUUUGGCUCAUUCCCUUUGAACCAAGCCUCUUUUACGUUCCGCGUCAUUGCGCACUGCCUGGCCUACAGCAACUCUUCUGUGAACCCCAUCAUCUACGCUUUCCUCUCUGAAAAUUUCCGGAAGGCAUACAAGCAAGUGUUCAAGUGCCAGAGCAAAGGGGGAUCUCCAUCCAACAACGUUAAGGGAGUACGCAGCAAAGCUGAGAUGCCACCGAUCACCAACUGUACCAGCGUUUAAUGGAUACUCACUGCAUGUCAAAAGGAAAAAGAGCAUUUUCUUUCUCAACAUAAUAAAUCCUGACCUGGGCUAAGGACCAUGAAAGACAAUUAAACUACUAUAUGUAUAUAAAUCCUCCCUUAUGCAGUAUGUACAGUAUACAAUCUUUUGCCCUAAUAUUCGUGCCUGUCCUCACGUGAUGUGAUUUCCCCAGCCUGGUUUCCAUGUCAAUUUGCUUCUUGUAAAAACAGCCAUUUAGGGCAUGAGAGGAAAUUCUUGGUGGAGGAGUCCGGAACGAGUAGAAGGAAAGUGAGCAUUGUGAAGGGCAUUUUGGUAUUUUGUGUGGACAGAAAAUGGAGAAAAAAAAUGAGAACACUGAGAUCUCUGAAGAUCUGAAGCUUUGUCUUUAUGAUCUGUGUUGGAAAUCCCUUCUGGUCUGAGGAAAUAUAAUUAAUGCAGUAGAGCAAUUGUGCGCUUUUCAAAUCCUCGUCAUGGACAUUAGGCAUUGGCAGCUCUAACUCCUGCCUACUCUCUUCAUCCAAACAGUCAAUGUGUCCAAUAUUUCCAUUAGAGAUGCUCCACCAUGUCUCCUAUUGGAACAUGGAGAAAGGGAUGGAUGGACACCUCUUUCUCUAUAUCUCUCUCUCUCUCUAUCUCUCGCUAUCUGACCUCUUUAUUUAUCUCCUCACAGAGCUUGAUGAGGUUGUGUUAAGAUGACCGGACUGGCUGUACUAUUAAAAACAACACUGCCACCGUGAUGCUUGGCCUCAAACUAAGGAUACAGAGUUAAUAAUCAAUAAAACACUCAAUCCAUUAAGAAAAAAAAAAAAAUAAGCUACCAGUAUAGUGUAGUAUCAAACACAAACAUGAGUCCAAUGACAAUCUAAAUGAGGGUUCCAAAAGCCCCCAAAAUCCCAGCUAAAAAUCAGAGAAAACCAGAGGACGUAUGUAUAAAUGAGCCAUGUUCUCUAAUAACGUUCAUAUUAGUUUUGUAUUCACCAUAUCCUGUCAAAGUCCGCUCACUUGCCAAUGUCUAUAUGAAUUUGACCACAAUGUCUACCCUUUCAAUGUGAAGUGAAUGGAGCUGCUCUUGGGUAAAUCUACAUAAGCCUGUCCUUCAACAAUCACAAGGUUGACAUUUCUUGUCACUUCCCACAUUGUAUGCAUCAAAUACAAUGUAUACACCAGGGGCAUAACCUGGCCUAGACAUUGGGGCUGUAGCGCUGAAGAUUUUAUCUUUAGCUCCGAAUAAUUCUCCACUUGGAGCGGUUUGUCACAAUGUAACUGAUUGUCAGUAAAAGAAGACGGUAGUGUUGUAAAUUUGUGGAGUGUUGUAUUUUAUCUGCAAGACCAGUCAGACCAGGUUUACAGGAAAAUACGUGGAAUUGGUUGACAGGUCUCAAUUCUGCCAAAUGCUGGCUCACACAGUCAGUUAUUGUGAGGGGGAAAUGGAUACAUACUGAUUUUUACCCGUUAAGGGAUUGAAACUGAAACACUAACAUCCUCUCAUGCUGAGCCAGGUGUUUAAAUGUCUAUAUGAGUUCCAAGUUACGUGAAUAUGAUAUGAGCAGAGCUUUAGGACUGCUAACAUGCGUUCCAUGGCACUGUAGCAUCUAAACCCAUACAAUGAUAGCUUAGUUAUACAACCACUUGGCUAGUGACACCAAACUAGCCUAAUCUCAGGUUAGAUAGACAAAAAGUUUUAUAUUUUAUCGGCCUGGUAGUCCUGAUAAAUGAUCGAUCAAAACUUUUUGUCCAAUUUUCAUAUUUUUUAAGCAAUUGGCCCUUACAUGCAAGAAAAAAAUGCAUGGGGACAGUCUAUUUAGAAAUACAAGGUUUUUUAUGCAGAAGAAUCUGGGCUCAGUCCCGAUGGUUAACAGUCCAGCUAACGACCCUGGUAUACACACUCGAAUGGUUUCAACCAUUAAGUGAAAACUAGCCCCAUGAGCUACAACUCAUUUAAAUUCAGAAGCAAGCUAAUAUGUACAAACCUACCUAAACGUGAAAGUUAACUAGUGUGUGAAAGCUAACCUAGCAAGAAAAAGCUCACAUUCCAAGCAACCUAGUGAGUAAAAGCUUACCUAACUUUUACUCAGUAGCUAGCUUACAAGCGAUUGCUAAAUUGCAAAACACCAAACAUAUCUUGACUUCAUUUUAUUAUAUUAAUAAAUUAUCUCAGAACCAUUGCAUUAAAAUGAGAAUUCUGCAAAGCUCCAACUAAACCAUAACAUCAUUCUCUCUGAUAUGGUUUCACGUGUCUAUGUUUUCAAAAAUGUUUCUAUUCAAACUUUCACAAUUCGUCAAGCAUGUUUACUGAAUAAGUUUCACUGCAUGUGAUAAGAUCCACUGCUGUAAAUAUGAACUUUUGUGCAAAUACCUUGUGCAUGUUUCAUGUGUGUAUGUGUUUAUUGUGCCUUUAUUUAUGACCUUAUGACAUUGUUGUACAUUAUUGAGAAGAAAUGUGUGUGCCUCUUUUCACGGAGUACCCCAUGUGAAACUGUGUAUUCAGCCACUUGGCUAAUGUAACGAUACAGAAGUUGCUUGCUUUCUGGUGAAGUCAAUAGUGUGUGUUUAAACUGAAUCUGAGGUACACACUUAAAUAAUAAAGUGUGAGUUAAAGUGUGAGUUAAAGUGUGUAUGU